AUGCGUGCUAUCGCCGUUGAUUCCUGGGGCACUGCUCCUCACUUCACCUCGUCCCACCCCGAUCCGGCACCUGCAUCUGCCGACACGGUCACUCUUAAAGUUCUCGCGAGCGGCCUACAUCAGCUCGUCCGCUCUCAAGCCGAGGGUGGUCACUACAGCACCAAAAAUGCACCCAUCCCCUAUGUCCCCGGUGCUGACGGCGUCGGUGAAACCCCUGAUGGUCAACGCGUGUAUUUCACCAGUAUCGCCGUGGGCGGCGGGUUUGCCGAAUACAUCACGGUGCCGAAAGCCACGAUUUCGCCGCUUCCUGAAGGUGCAGACCCCGUUGCGAUUGCGGGACUGAUGAACCCGGGCAUGUCGAGCUGGAUGGCGCUUGCGGCUCGCGUCGACCCCCCGCUACCGAAGGACUUUACCGUCGUGAUCACGGGGGUGACCGCGAUCAGUGCCAAAGUGGCCGUACAUUUUGCGCGGGUGAAGGGUGCUGCGAAGAUCAUUGGUGUGGCACGGAAUGCAAAGGAGUUGGCGUCGAUUCCCGGCCUGGACGAACGCAUCGUGCUGGCCAACGACCCCGGUCAGACGGAUUUCUCAUCCUUGACGGACGUCGACUUGAUCCUUGACUAUCUCUACGGUCCCGCCGUCGCCGCCCUUUUCGCCCAACUCAAAUCUACCGUCCCUACACAGUUUGUACAGAUCGGUACGGUGGGCGGGAAUGACAUCGCAUUGCCCGGCGCCAUCUUGCGGAGUAAGAACAUCACACUCCGCGGCGCGGGGCCCGGCUCGUGGACUAUGCCUCAGUAUGCGAAGGAGGUGCCGUAUUUGCUUGCCGCCGUGGCCGACUUGCCUGACAUGGACCUGAAGGUGAGGAAAUUGGAAGAGGCCGAGGCUGCGUGGGCGGCCAAGAAGGAGAGAACGGUGUUUGUGCCAUGA